GAAGCAACCACGUAAUUUCUGGCACUAUGUUGCCUUCUCUAACGAGACUCACUUCAACAAGGCUGUAAGAAGAGCUGCAAAGGUUAUACGACUGCCUGGUGAGCGAUAUAAAGAGAGCUGUACACAACUAAAGUAUAAGCGACAGAACAACUAGUUACACGCUUGGGCAAUGGUCGGCUAUGGCUGGAAGAGUUCCUUAGUGUUCUACGACUCCAACGAGUCCGUGAAUACCGAGUUACAAGCAGUGGUGCGUGAGAAACUGCAGUUAGAAGCGGAACCGGCUAUCGUCGAAAACACCCUUGAAGAGGAACGCAAACUCAUAGGAGAACACACUGGUUGCAAGCACCGUUGCAAACACCCUGAACACUACAAACACCUCUGCUGUAAGGCUGGCCACAAGAAGAAGGCUGCCGGCAACCUUAACCGGCUACAAUACACAUGUUGGAUACUCAAUAACCAUAUCGAGCCUACGUUGCGUUCGAUCCACACACGCCGCAACAAGCUAAUACUGCUUAAAGAUAACGACGCUUCCUACGGUAUAGGAGCUUCUACAAGCCUACCAGCCCUCUUUAAGGACUUCCUGAAGCGUACGUAUGAGUUUGACGUCCUUGCCAAUGCAGCUCGAUCCCCUGACCUCAAUGUAAUUAAGAACGUGUGGAGGAUGAUCAAAUCGAGGCUGAAGGAAUGCAAGGUGACCUCUACAGAGGAGAUGAAGGCUACUAUCAUUCAUAUAUGGGAGAAGGAGAUCGAACAAUCGUCGAUUGACCGGAUAAUCGACACUAUGCAGGAGCGGCUGUAGGAGUGCUACGCACGUAGGGGAAAACCGACUCCAUAGUGAAUUGCAUACUACACAACCUAGUCCUAAUGCAGUAACGACGGCGAGGUCACUUUGGCUUCAUCUUCUAAUAUAUGAUAUAGCCCUAUAUAUGCAUUGCAGCUGUCUCAACUACUAUGGGA